AUGGCUGCUCCUUCGCGCAAUUGGUUAUAUGAUGUCUUCCCGAGCUUUCGCGGAGAAGACGUCCGCGUAGCUUUCCUGAGCCACUUUCUCAAGGAGCUUGAUCGGAAACUGAUCUCUGCUUUCAAAGACAACGAGAUCGAGAGAAGCGGAUCGAUUGGUCCCGAGCUCAAAAAUGCAAUCAGGGAUUCGAGGAUCGCUGUGGUCAUAUUCUCCACAAACUACGCUUCUUCAAGCUGGUGCCUUAACGAACUGUUGGAGAUCGUGAACUGCAAGGAAGAGUUUGGUCAAAUGGUGAUUCCGGUUUUCUACGGUUUGGAUCCUACACACGUAAGGAAACAAACCGGUUAUUUUGGAAAGGUCUUUGAAGAGACAUGCCUCCAAAGCACAGAGAAGUGA